UUUAUGACUGUAGAGAAUCAGGCAUUUCGUCAAUUUCUCCUUCUCCUCGUACACAGCUUUGUUCGGGUCCAGAUGUGUGGAGAACAUUUUAUAAAAUCUAGAACACUCUCGAUACAACUAAACUCUGAGGAUUAGAAGUCUUCUUCUUUCUCGACUUAUUUAUCUUUUGUGCUAUUGAAACUAGAGGAGGAUGGGUGGCCCACUGCUGCUGCUUACAGGACUGAUGGUCAUCGCAGCUUGCUCUCACUUUCUCUGUGCGUCCGACAGUUGCGGUGAGGAGGUGGCUCGUCUGCAGGAAAAGCAGAGGCUUCUGCAGGGCCAGCUUCAGAAACAAGAACUCCUCCUACACAGACUACACUUGCUAAACCAACCGGGCAACGUGGACACAGCCAGAGCCGAGCAGAGCCAGGACACCCAGUACACAGACUGCUCCCAGCUCUUCAGUUCCGGCUCCAAAUCCAGUGGUUUCUACACCAUCAAACCCCAAGGUAGCCCUCACCCAGUCAGAGUCUACUGUGAUAUGAGGGAUGGAGGCGGCUGGAUCGUCAUUCAGAGACGGAUCAAUGGAACAGAGAGGUUUAACAGGUCGUGGGCAGAGUAUAAGGAUGGAUUUGGAGACAUGGAUGCAGAGUUUUGGCUCGGCAAUGACAACCUGCAUUACAUCACUACACAAGGGAAUUAUUCUCUGAGGAUUAACCUGGGAGACUUUGAUGGUUAUCAGCGCUAUGCCGAGUACAAGAACUUCAAAGUGGCCAAUGAAAAGGAUCACUACAGACUAACCUUUGGAACCUAUGUAGGUACAGCUGGAGAUGCUCUGUCUGGGAUGGAUCAGGUGGGUGUGUCAGAGUGGGCCAGUCACCAGGACAUGAAAUUCAGCACCUAUGACCAGGACAACGAUAACUACAAAGGGAACUGCGCACAGGAAGACAAAGGAGGCUGGUGGUUCAACAAGUGUCACUCAGCACAUCUCAAUGGCAUGUACUACCCCAAUGGGCACUACAGUGCUUUGACAGAUGAUGGUGUAGUUUGGUACACUUGGAAAGGAUGGUGGUACUCCCUGAAGACAAGCAUCAUGAAGCUGCGACCCAUCGACUUCAAAAUAGAUCCCAUCAACGACCCCAAUGCUGUUCAGCACAGACUACCUUUCUAGAUCGCACAUGAGGAGAUAUCAAGUCUUCUUGGCUCCACUAUUUUGGGCAGAAACGGUUUUAUUAAUGUAUAUUAAUUGGUGGGAAAUCAUUCAUUUCA